AUGGCUGUUCAUAAUAAACAUACAUAUUCCCUAAAAAUUUCAAAAUUUAUUCAUUCUAAAAACUCACUUUUUUACUUGUUUAUCUUUUUGAUUGGAUUGUCAAUAGGUUUCUUUUGCGCUUUUUAUCUCGAAAACUUCUCAUCUAUCAUUCAAACAUCAAUCUAUUCGGUUUUACAUGCAUUAUCACCGUCACCAAUAUUAGUAACUUCGAGUCUACCACCACCAGAUUCAUCGUCGCCAUCACCAUCAUUAUUAACAUUAUCACCUCCACCGCGACCAUCACCGCCAAAUGAACAAAUACCAUUGAUGCAUAAUAUGAGUGAUGAAGAUUUGAUAAAGAAUGCAAUGAGAAUUGCAACAAUGAGUGUCCCUAAUACUACACCUUAUAAGGUGGCAUUUAUGUUCUUGACAACAGGGCCAAUACCACUUUCACCCUUGUGGGAAUUGUUCUUUAAAGGGCAUGAAAGUCUACUCUCCAUCUACAUCCACCCUCAUCCUUCUUACAAUGACACCUUCCCCAAAGAUUCCAUCUUUUAUGGCAGGAGAAUUACAAGCCAGCCGGUUUAUUGGGGUGAUAUAUCAAUGGUGGAUGCUGAAAGACGAUUACUUGCCAAUGCCCUCCUCGACGCUUCAAAUCAAAGAUUUGUGCUACUAUCCGAGUCUUGUAUUCCUCUAUUUAACUUCACAACGACAUAUAAUUAUCUUAUAAAUUCAAACUUAAGCUACAUAAAUUCUUUGGAUGACGCAAGGAAGAUAGGACGCGGUCGCUAUAAUCCACAAAUGGCUCCCCAUAUUACCAUCCAAGAUUGGCGAAAAGGGGCGCAAUGGUUUGAAGUUAAUCGUGAUCUCGCUCUUGGAAUUAUUUCUGAUCGAAAAUACUACAAUCUUUUCAAGGAAUAUUGCCAUAAACCAUGUUAUAAUGACGAACAUUAUUUAUCAACAUUGGUAAAUAUUUUGUAUCCGGAAAUGAACUCAAACCGGACUAUAACUUAUGUUAAUUGGUCAACAUCCGGUCCGCAUCCAAGAAAGUUUGUCAAGAAUGACAUUACGGAAGAGUUUUUGAGUUCAGUUCGAUUUGGUUCUACAGAAUGUAUUUAUAACAAUAACAUGACACCUAUGUGUUUUUUAUUUGCUAGGAAAUUUGCACCAAAUACUUUAAUGCCCUUAGUUAUUAUUUGUCCCUAUGUAUAUGGUUGUCAAUAUUUGAGUUUUAACGUUUUAUUCUUUUUUUUAGUGCCCAUUAUGAGGUUAAUUGAUGUUUGA